AGAAUGGCAGCAGGAAAUCAUUCUACAACAACCAAGUUUGUGAUAGUGGGUUUAACACAGCAGCCAGAGUUCCAGCUGCCCCUCUUCCUCCUCUUCCUAGGAAUCUACGCGGUCACGGUGGUGGGCAACCUGGGCAUGAUCACGCUGAUUGGGCUCAGUUCUCACCUGCACACCCCCAUGUACUACCUCCUCAGCAGCUUGUCCUUCAUUGAUUUCUGCUCUUCCUCUGUCAUUACCCCCAAAAUGCUGGUGACCUUCUUGAGAGAGAGGAAUGUGAUCCUUUAUUCUGAGUGCAUGGCACAGCUCUUUCUCUUCGCGGUCUUCGUGGUGGCUGAGGGUUACCUCCUGACUGUGAUGGCAUACGACCGCUACGUUGCUAUCUGCAACCCGCUGCUUUAUAAUGUGAUCAUGUCCUCUCGUGUCUGCUCACUUCUCGUGCUGGUUUCCCUCAUCCUGGGCUUCCUCUCUGCCUCGGCCCACACAAGUGCCAUGAUGAAACUGUCCUUCUGCAAAUCCCGUGUCAUCAACCAUUACUUCUGUGAUGUCCUUCCUCUCCUCAAUCUCUCCUGCUCCAGUACACACCUCAAUGAGCUUCUGCUUUACAUCAUUGCGGGAUGUAACACCUUGGUACCCACCCUAGCUCUCUUCAUUUCCUAUGCCUUCAUCUUCUACAGCAUCCUUGGCAUCCGAUCAUCAGAGGGCCGGUCCAAAGCCUUUGGAACGUGCAGCUCCCACCUCGUGGCUGUGGGGAUCUUCUUUGGGUCUAUCACAUUCAUGUAUUUCAAGCCCCCUUCCAGCGACUCUCUGGACCAGGAGAAGGUGUCCUCGGUGUUCUACACCACGGUCAUCCCCAUGCUGAACCCCUUAAUCUACAGUCUGAGGAACAAGGAUGUGAAAAGAGCACUGAGAAAGGUUUUGGUGAAGAAAUGAGCCUUGCUUUUGGAUAUGUGAAGAUGGGUGAAAUGAAUGGUUCCACUGAAAAUACAUUCCUUCUGUUCAUUUUUCCUUGUCUAUCUGUUGUAAUAUAUACAAUAUCUGGAUUUUAAAAGUAC